AUGGGUAAUCCAUUACCAACGAGGAAUUCUCCAAUCAAGUCAAGUUUCGAGGAGAUUGGAAAUUAUGUUGGCUCUGUGAAAGAAUCUAAUUUAGACACAAUGACUAAUCAAGGUGAUUCAGUGAAGGUAUCUAAUCUGAAGCAGACAACAAUCAUACCAUCCGAGGUUUCACAUACCGAGUCAUUUCAUAAGGAGGUUCAAACCUCAGACAUCUCUGUGAACAUAUCUCAUAUGGACACAAAUCUCAACAUGGGUAAAGGGGUGUUAAAUAACGAAGCCCUUCUCAAUCAAGAUCAAGUGAAAGCUUUAAAGGAUGUUUCCAAGGAAAGGCAUGUCCUAUUGAUUCAAGAUGUGAAGAAAGUUCGCAAAGAUGUUAAUCUUAAAAUUCAAGAACUUCGUGAAGAUAUGGGAAAGGAAGUUGCAACAUUAAAUCAUAAUUAUUCAUCUCUUCACCAGAAGGUUGAUAUAAUUGUUGGUGUUGUAACAAAUUUUGUUACUUUGUAUCAAGAUCUUGUUCCGAAGUUUGAUAAGAUGGAUGAUGUUGAUAUUACUCCAGAACUUCUUUCUAAAAAGUUUACAUUGUUGGAGUCUACCACACAGAAGGAGUUAGCACCACUUGUGAAGUCACUCAAUAUGAUGCCAACGGAUACCCCACCUAUUUCCACAGGGGUUGUUACGAGGGUAUUGUCUAUUCAAAUUCCAACUUCUCUUCCCAAGGUGCCUACAGUUUUAUCAUCUACAACAACGACAUCAAAACCAAUUUUGAAAUGGGUAGUUAUUGGGAUGGAUGAGGGAGAGUUAUCCAAAGAAGAAAAGAAAGCAGCUAUGGAACGAGAAAUCGAAAUGCAACGUCAAAUUCAGAGUAUUCUUCGACAGAGAGCCAAUGAUCUUCCUGGUCUGAAAAAAAAGGAGAUCCUACCAAACAUUAUACUUACGAGUAUAUCAAAGCCUCAGCUGUUACAAGGGAGAUGA